AUGGGACAUGAAAACAUCACAGAAUUUAUCCUCUUAGGACUUUUUAGUGAUGAGGAUGCAAAGGUCGCCUGCUUUGUGGUGUUCUCACUUUGCUACAUUGUGAUUCUGUCAGGAAACCUGUUCAUUCUUCUCACCAUCAGAGGCAGCCGCCUCCGUGAGCAGCCCAUGUACUUUUUCCUGAGCUACCUGUCAUUCAUGGACGUCUGCUUCACUUCCACAGUGGCUCCCAGACUGAUCACAGACCUACUGGCUGAGCAGAAGACCAUCUCCUAUGACAGCUGCAUGGCCCAGAUGUUUUAUGCCCACUUCUUUGGUGCCACUGAGAUGUUCAUCCUGGUGGCCAUGGCCUAUGACCGAUAUGCAGCCAUCUGCAGACCCCUUCACUAUAUGGUCAUCAUGAACAGACAAGUAUGCUAUGUCCUUUUGAUGGCCUCAAUUCUCGGAGCAUUUCUCCAUUCAAUCCUACAGAUAUUGAUUAUUAUUGAUCUUCCCUUCUGUGGCCCCAAUGAGAUAGACCACUAUUUAUGUGAUAUUUUCCCUUUGCUGAAGCUGGCUUGCACGGACACUAGUCUGUUGGUUAUUGUGGUCAUUACUACCACAGGAAUGAUAUCCGUUGUGACCUUUGUUGCCUUGGUAAUCUCUUACAUCAUCAUCCUGUCCACCCUGAGGACACGCUCAUCCCAGAGCUGCCGCAAAGCUCUCUCCACCUGCAGCUCACACAUCACUGUUGUGUUCAUGUUCUUCUUGCCCCUCAUCUUCACUUAUGUCCCCACAGCUGAUUCUGUCAGUAAUGACAAAGUUUUUGCCCUAUUUUACACCAUGUUUGCUCCUAUGUUCAACCCUUUCAUCUACACGCUGAGAAACACAGACAUGAAGAAUGCCAUGAGGAAAAUGUGGUGCCGAGACACACGGUGUGAAGGGAAAUGAAGUCUCUGGAGUUCAAACCCUUGGCUGGGUCUCAUUCUAUCCACAGGAUCCUAAUGUCAGCAAAUGCAGCAAGUAGAGAGGUGGUUUGCUGUCAUCAAACAUUGUAAGAUGUGAAGGGAAAAGGUCCCUCAACUACCUCUUUCCGUUUCUUUAGUUUUCUGACCCAGUAUAAGGGGA